GACUACCACAAGCAUGUUGGACGAAGCUAGUUUCAUCAUGGAUUAUUGAGAUUCUUUCUCCUUACGUUUAAUGAUACAUUUUGGAUCGUCAGUCUAAAAUGGCUGGGUUAGAGAUUCUUUCUCCCGAAGGACUACGUCUCGAUGGCCGAAGAGCCCAUGAACUACGAAAGAUUGUCUGUAGAAUGGGGGUUUUCAAGCAAGCGGAUGGCUCAGCUUACAUCGAGAUGGGAAACACCAAGGCAUUAGCUACAGUUUAUGGCCCUCAUGAAGUAACAAACAAAUCUAAAAUCCUACACGAUCGAGUGCUGCUAAAUUUUCAGUUUAGUAUGGCGACGUUUAGCACAGGAGAACGAAAGAAAAGACCAAAAGGAGACAGAAAAUCCACAGAGACGUCUAUGCUUAUAAGGCGCACAUUCGAUGCCACUAUUCUAACACAAAUGUACCCUCGCUCACAGAUAGACAUUUAUGUGCAGGUUAGUAGAACAUUUUAUAUACGUCUAGAAAGAGUGUAGUUCAAAUUCUUGGUCAUUUCUUGAGGUGCAACUCGGAGACUUGGUGCCUUCUGGCUCAUAGCCAAUCCCUCUCCCCUCCCUCCCUCUGUUAUAAUUGAACUGGGUAAAUUCCUCGGGGAAAAUGACCCAAGAUCACUCAACUGCUCCCUAGCUCUCCCUCCUGUUUUUUUUGUUCCACUUUCCCUCUUCAUACAAACUUAUUUAUUACAAAAAUAUCACAAAUCUAUAUACAGUGGAACCUCAAUUUAACAAACCUCUAUAUAAUGAAGUUGUUGGUAUAACAAACCAUACUCUUCAGCCUGGCCAAAGUUACAGGAAAAUAUAUGGAAAGAACCUCCAUGUAACAAAAUCUUUGUUAUAACAAACACAAUCCAGAUGCCCAAAUGUAUAAUAUGCCCUGAUAUAACAAAAUAUAGGCAUGCUAUGCAUGUAAGAGUUAUUGUUUGGGGGGGUGGGUGGAUUACUUGAAACUUUGUAAAUGAUGUCUACAUUCUUACAAAAGGAAAGAAGAGUAUUAAUUAAUGUGGAAAAGAACAAAAAUGUUGAAUUAACUCAUGCACAGGUAUUUUGGGGUAGAUUGUAUGUGUUGUGCAAAUAACUGUGACCAAAAAUUAACUGUAUUGGUGCCACGGAUACCUGUUAGUACAAAAUGCAGACUGCAGACCGGAUACAAAAUGUAGACUAGGUAAAAAAUGUAGACUGCUGAGUGGGUACAAAAUGCAGACUGAGAAUCUAAAGAGUGUUUUUGUCUGGUAUGUGAUAACAUGUCAUCUUACAACUUACCAAGCGUCACGUAAUCACUUUUCCACAAUCAGCUUUCACUAUUAUUUGCAUUAUUUUGGUGAUGAAAAUGUCUGAACAGCCUUUUUACCAACCUAAUAAAAUGUGAACAGAUUUUACCAACCUAAUAAAAGUAGAUUUAGAUGUAGAUAUAGAUGUAAACGAGAUGUCAUCAUUGAAUAUUUAACACGUGCAACAUUCAAGAAACAAUUGACAGCUUUGCGCAUGGUCCAUAUCUUUGUAAGAGGUAUGUGUUUAUAUUGUUGACAAAAAUGCCAAUCCCAAAAUGCUGGGUCGCGCAAUUUCACACAUAAAAAAAAAAUGAUAAAAGUAAAUUAACAUUUACCAGCUCUCAAUAUGACAAACACUUUAGUUGUUUUUCUGCAAAUUCAUGAAUUGAGGUUUUCGAUGUAACGAACACUCAAUAUAACAAAUGUUCGAUAUACUUGUAACGAACAAAUUUCCGCAAUCUCUUAGCACUUAAUUAAAUGGAGGUUCCACUGUAUUCAGUUGACAUUCUAUGCAUGGUGGAUGGGGGAAGGGAGAUGGUCAGAGUAUGAGCCAACUAUGACUGGAGCUGCUGAAAUAUCUAUAUUUUGAUUUUCUCUACUUUCUGUCACCCAUUUCUUACAAAGUCAGUUUAGAGAAUUUGAUGUCUAAUUAAACAUAAGUACCACUCUUGAUUUUCAUCUUUCUACAGCAAGUGACCUAUUAAUUUUCUAAGGAGAAAUUACUGACUUGUCAUUUCCAGGAGUAAAAAUUAUUAAAUUAGACUUUCAAAAAAUCUGCCAUAAGAUUUUUAUCUGAUCCCAAUCAAUUGAAGGAAAUCUUGUUUUGACCCACAGAUAAUAUGGAAGUGCAUUCCUUCCAACUGUGCUUGGAAAAAUGCUUAAGAGUUUGAAGAAUUAUGCUUACUUGGACCCUUUCUCCAACUUCUCAGCUCACUGUAAGAUAAAUGGCCAUUGAAACAACUGCAUAUAUUCAUUUACUGUGGCAGCUUAUAAAUUUGUUUUUUACUUACAGAUUCUUCAAGCUGAUGGUUCAAACCAAAGUGCUUGCAUCAAUGCAGCUACCUUAGCUCUCAUAGAUGCUGGAAUUCCAAUGAAGGAUUAUGUCAGUGCUUGCACAGUUAGUUUUGUCAAUGACCAACCAUUGAUGGAUGUUAACUACUUAGAAGAAAGCUUUGGAGGCCCACAACUAAGUCUGGCUGUUUUACCAAAGUCUGGAAACAUUGUCAUGUUCCAAAUGGAUUCUAGACUUCAUAUUGAUAACUUGGAAAAAGUCCUGGAAUUGGCAAAGAAAGGAUGUAGUGAUAUCCAUGUCUUACUUCGACAAACUGUGCGUGACUAUUCUCAAGAAUGUGUGGCCACUUUAGCCAGUAAUUAAAAUCUCAUCCUAGACUUAAUAAGUUCUAAGGCUCUUAGACUGCCUUUUUUUUCUUCCAAAAGGAAUUACGAACUAGACAUCUUACUGACGAAAAGCAGAAGUUCUCAUUUGCAACCGGUCCCAUUAGGUCAGUAUUGAACGUUCAGUGGCCAAUCUAGAAGAAGGGUCUGGGGGGUCUGCAACCUCAACGCGGUAAUAUCUGGUCGAAUUAUUUUUCUUCCAUUAUCAUUAGCAGCAGACACAGCAUCUAGAAAGUCUAUCACCUCUUCGUAAAGGACUUUUUCUGCCAUUGUGAGAAACUCUCCUUAAUGGAUCAGAAAAUCAGGUAAAAUGCUGCCUUCUUGGAACGAUUCGUCAAAACAGCUGGUUAUGCCUGCAGUGUACUGCGUCAUGUAGUUGUUUUUUGUGGCACUAUCAACAACAUCCUCUGAGUAAAGCUUCGGAGCUCAACCUAAAUCCACUUUCGUGUGAAGCUUCUUUGAAAUUUGCGGGAAGAACGAUUCCUCAGUGACCACCGCGUGCAGAACGAAUAUGGCUCCACCCGGGUAAAGCUUCUGGAAACAGCUUCGCAACGAUUAUUCAACGUCCACAUAGUACAGAGAGGCCACAAAAUGAAUUGUAUCGAAGCUCUCCACGUUAGGAAAAGACUCGAUGAACUUCUUCAAGAUGAUCUUGCAUCAAUCGAACGACACAUUAGCUGAACUUGCGGCUUGCGGCCAAGGUGUGGUCGAUGCUGUAAACUCUGCUAUAAUUUCUUGGUUCGGCUCUAUGAUAACAGAAUGUAUGGACGGCUUAUUCAUCUGAUGAGACUUUCC